AGCAUGCACACACUGUUUCACCUACUGCACCACGACCAUUUUUGUGUGGCCGAUUUUCGAUUCUUUCUCAUAAGAAAAACACAUUUAUUUUGGGGGCCCCAUAUCUAACUACAUAAAUAUGUGUGUGUGCCAUUGUCGUUCGCUGCUGUGUGUGUGUGUGCGUGCGUGCGUGAAGAAUUGACAAAUAAAUAAUCUAGUUAAAAAUCGUUAACAAAACAAAAACAAAAGCCCCAAAUGCCUAGUGACAAUUCAAAGUGAUGGGUUAGUGUUGUUUCUUUUUCGUUUUCUUGUCAGUUUGUUGUAUUGGAAAUGCGGCAAGUGAAAUGGAAAUGGACUCGUGCCAGAGAAAAAUCGUUCACCACCUCUAACUCUCUCAGUGUCCUGUCGCCGUCGUCGUCACUGUCGACGCCGCUGCUUCUGGUUGGUGCUGCCUCUGUCUCUGCCUCUGCCGCCGUCGCUGCCGCUGCUCUCUACGCACGCAUCGAUUUGGGCUAAACGUUAGAUACCUCCUAACGCAAGUUGUUAGGGUGGAAAAAAUAAUAAGUACAUCAUAAUAAAUAAAAAAAAAACGAAAGAAGAAAACGAGAAGAAAUGCUGUGCAUUUUUUUCAUUCAAUUUAACCAUAUGCAACAACAAAUUCACAUGCAAGUGCAAUAUUAUCAAACGAACUAAAAACGUAACUAAAUCAAAAACCAAACCCAACAUAAAUAAUACGCCAGCACUGUGGCGCUAAACAACGACGAACAGCAAAACAAAAAAAAAACAGAAAUAUAUAUAAAAAAGGGCCCAACGGAAAAUAAAAAAACGCAACGAAAAAGGUUUUUUUUUUUAAUAUAAAUGUACUAUAUAUAAUAAAAGGCGGCAGCUCAGCGCACACAGGCGGCAAACAAAAAGCGGGGUAUACGCCAUAAACAACAACAAAAAGCGAAGAGCAUCAAGAAAAAAAAACAUAAUAUUUAACAUAACAAGGGAGAGCGAGCGAGAGAGCGUCGAGUGCGAGUGCGAGUGGGAGUGGGAGCGAGUGAGUUAGAAGAUAUACGAUAAGACGAAGCAGGAGUGGCAACACUGGCAAAGGCGCACACAUGAAGACGAUGUCGCGCUUUGGCCUGCGCCGUGGCUUUAAAUUCUCCGAGGAGCAGCAGCAGCAACAGCAACAACAACAACAACAACAGCAGCUCAAUGGCAACUGCAGCAGUAGCAGCAACAACAACAACAACAGCAGCAGUAGUAACAGCAACAACAACAACAACAGUGUUCCAAUUGGAAUUACACACAAGUUGGCAACACCGCCGCGCAAAAAACGCAAUCACAGCUUGGCCAGAGAACCGCAGCAGCAGCAGCAACCACAGCAGCAACAACAGUUGCCAACGGAACCGCUCGAUGUGGAGUUGGAACUCGAUCGACAGCAGCAACAGCAAGCGCCUCCGACGCUCAUUUGCAGCGUGCCGCUCGAGCGUUUGCCGCGCUUGCUUGAGAAAUUGCAACAGUUGCAACAACAACAGCAGCAGCAGCAACAACAGCAGCAGCAGCAACAACAAUUGGAGACGACGCCAUUGAUAAAAGUCUUGUGUUUGUACUGUGAUAAGAAGUUCGCAUCGAGCAAGCUGCAAGCGAAGCAUGUGGAUAAAUUUCAUACGGAGCGCAAAGAGCGACGUUGCAGCAAUCGCAACAGCAACAGCGCUGGCAGCCACAAUUCGAUUGGCAGCGCUGGCCAGCCAAGUGGCAGCGCCAAUUUUCCCGGUUGCCAGCACUGCAGCAAAUCGAGUGGAGCAACAACAACAGCAACGCCAGCAAUCGUCUGUUUGCCAUCGCCACAAUUGGAGCAAUUGUUUCAGCAUUUGAUACGCAAUCAUGGCGACAAGUAUUUCGGUUGUCAGCAAUGUCAGCUGCGCUUCGGGGAUGUCCACCAGCUGCACACGCAUUUGCGACAGCAACAUCAGCAGCAGCAGCAACAGCAACACCAGCAGCAACAACAACAACAGCCAGCAAUGAUUGGUGGCGAGGAGCCAGUGUUGUUUCGUUUGGGCUUGACGCAGAAUCGUUUGCCGGGCCAGCGACAACGCAAUCGCAAGCAACAGGAGGAGAUUGCUGCUGCAGUGCCCAAGCAACAACAGCAGCAACCAAGAAGCAGCAGUCGCGCUGCACAGCGGCAACAGGCAGCAGCAGCAGCCGCUGCAGUAGCCGCAGCGGCGGCAGCAACAGCAGCAUCAGCAGCAGCCAGCAAUGCAACGACAGCAGCAACAGGCACAACAACAACAGCAACAGGCACAAAUGCGCUGUCAUCGCAGCCAGAUGAGCAACUCUUUCGGAUGCCCGGCCAUAGUCAUGUGUUUGACGACAACUUCUAUCAGGAUGUGGUGCUCAAUGUGCGUCACAAUCUCCAGCAUUAUCUCGACGGUCGAUUGCGCAGCGGCCCCGCGCCCCCGCAACCGUUGAGCACAACAGCAACCGCAACAGCAACAACGACGCCUGCUCCACAGCUGACAACAAUAGCUGCGUAUCCAACGCUGUUGACAGCCGAACAGUUUGGUGAACUGGGCCACGGGCUGGACACGUUGCCGUUGCCGUUGGUGAAGGCGGCGCGACGGCCGCACACGAAGCACAGCUGGAAAUGGAAAUGGGAUUAUGUGAAGAAGUUCACGAUCAUCAACGAGGGCGGGCGGCUGGUGAAGAAGCUGAAGCAACCGUUUAUGGGACUGCGAGAUUUGUCCCGAUUGGAUAUGUGGACGCAGCUGACGAUGCGGCAGAAACAUGACUUGGAGUUGGCACAGCAACAGCAGCAGCAACAGUUGCAGCAACUGCAUCAGUUGCUCGAUCGUCGAUUGUUGCCGCAAAUCACGCGCGAACAAAACGAACAAGCGAUCAUCAAGUGUGAACUGGAGUUGCCUUUGUCGUCGUUGCCAUCAACAACAGCUGUCAAUGUGAAUGCAACUGGGGCAGAGCAAAGUUUUCUGGCGCUGCUGCAGCUGCAACCACAGCAACAGCAGCAACAACAGUUGCAUUUGCAACCAGCAAUGCAGCAAACGUCGCGACUCGUUUUAAGCGGCGAAUGGGCGCGUCCACGUUUAUAUUUGUGCAUCUGUUGCGGCGCAAAGUUUGAGCAGCGCAAAGCUCUUGAGGAGCACAAAACGUUUCGACAUUCGCACAUUUAUGCCACGCAUUACGAGCUGGUUGGUCGCGAGUUGCUCGCCGGCAAUUUGUUGCGUCAUUUGUUUUUGCCCAAACGUGCGUUGAGUCGCUACGCUGCGGAGCAACAUCAACAGCAACAGCAGCAGCAGCAACAGUUGCUGACAACGAAACAGGAGCGACCACUGUUGGAAGUGGAAGAAGCAAACUCGAGUUCAUCGAACAGCAACAGUAGCAACAGCAACAGUAAUAGCAACAGCAACAGCCAUGCAACUUCUGUGGAGGACAAUGACAAUGACAACAGCAGCAGCGAUGUGAAGCAGGCGAGUUGCAGCUCAGCGUCGCCAGCCAGCAGCUACAGCAAUUGCCACAGCAACAGUAAUUGCAACAGCAACAGUAGCAGCAGCCAUAGCAACAGUAACAGUAACAGCAACAGCAACAGUAGCAGCAGCAACAACAGUAGCAACAACGGCAGCAGCAAUUGCACGAAAUGCGGACGCAAAUGCAGCGGAUUAAUGGAUCUCUAUCGUCACAUGCUCGAUUGCUCCGGUGAUUAUGUUUGGUCGCUGGCAAAGAAGCGCAAAUAUCGCUACUAUUGUGGCUCGAAGAAGCGUCGCAAUGCUUGCAAUUUUGCUCAGUUGUUGCGCAAACAGCAGCAGCAACACAAUAGCAAAAAGUUGCAAGCUAAGCAACAGCAGCAACAGUUGCAGCCGGGCAACAACAGCAACAGCAACAACAACGAUGCUGGCUCCGAGGAGAGCUCGCAUUCGAAUUUGAAUUCGAAUUGCCAGAAAACCAAAACGCCGCCACGUCAACGUCCCAGCGAUGCUGAAUCCAUACGCAAAAUGCUGGAGAAUUUGCCGGCGAAGCGUGUGUGCAAGAAAAUCUUUCCCACGGACAACAAGAAACGUUCGAAGGGCGCCAAGGCUGGCAAGGUGAAGCCUGGCAGCAACAUGAAGAAGAAGAACAAGCAACUGACGCGUGGCGCUAAAAAACUCUACAAUCAUCAUCAUCAUCAUCAUCAUCACCACCAUCAUCAUCAUCAUCAGCAUGCGCUGCGCAACACACGAGCGCGAGCGCGUCUCGUGCGUGCCAAGCCAACAGCAACAGUCACCUCAACAGCCACUGCUGUUGCUGGCAGCGAGCAACAGUUGCAGCCACAGUUGCGUAAUCGCCGCAAGCAGCCAAUGCAAGCGAAGCUGACAACAACAACAUCAACAACCAACACUGCCCCAGCACCAGCAGUCGAAACAACAACAGCAACCACAGCCAUAACAACAACAACAGCAACACCAGCGGUAGCAGCAACAACAACGAUGACGACAGCAACAAUUGCUGCUCAGCAACAGUUGAUGCCAACGCCGCCAACAACGCCAGCGCCAGCAACAGUCACAGCCACAACAACAACAACAGCAGUAACAGCAACAGCAGCAGUUACAGCCACACCUUUAGUCACCGCAGCAACAGUUGGCAGCAAACAGCAGCAGCAGCAGCAACAGUUGCCGCAACUGAAACGCAGCAAACGGAUUAGCGAUUGCAUUGCAAUGCUAACGGGCAAGCUGGAGGAGAAACUCAAGACUGAACAGCAGCCACCCGACAAGGAGCAACAGCAACCACAGCAGCAGCAGCCACAACAGCAACCACAGCAGCAGCAGCAGCCAGAAUUGUUAGAGCAACAGUUGCCGCCAAAGACGCCAAAGCGCAAAGCUGUCUCCAGGCGCAUCAUCAAAUCGAACAGCGAGUCAACAGCAGCAACAACACCAGCAGCAGCAACCACAACAACCGCAGCAACCACAACAACCGCAGCAACCACAACAGCCACAGUAACAUCGCCAACAGCAACCACAACCAAAGCGACAACAGUUGUUGCCACCACAGCAGCAACCACUGUUACAACAGCAACAGCUACAGCUGCAACGGCGACAACAGUUGUCCAAGCUGCUGCCACGUCGCCCGCAGCAACACUUGCCGCAGCAGCAACACUGCUGGCAGCAACAGCAGCCAACAACCCGGCAGUAUUGCUGGCAGCAACAACAGUUGCUGUUGAACCAACGCUGAAAUUGCCGCUGCCGCUGCCAACACAACGUGCCACGCCCACUAAGGCGGCAGCCAAGCAAAUGGCAGCACCGCAAAUCAAGCAAUUUGCACUUGAGCAGCAACAGUUGCAACAGUUACAACAACAGCAGCAACCACCGCAGUCAAAACAAUUGCCGCGGCAACAGGCACAGCAGCAACAGCUGCCGCCGCCGCUAACGCAGUCACAGCAAUCUCAGCAACCGCAGCAACAUCAGCAAUCACAGCAACCAAUGAAGCAGCAACCACACCAAUCGCUGCAACAUCAACAGUUGCUCGCUGUGCCGCUAACGUUGCCCCUGCCCCCGCCGCCAACAGUGGCUGCUGUCAGCGCCACAGCAGCAGCAGCAGCCGGUACUCCAGCAACAGCAGCAGCAGCGGCGGCAGCAGCCACAUUGCUGCUGCCAAAGUUGCCGCUGUAUUUGCCGAUGCCAGUUGCUGCUGGCUACGUCUUGGAGCCGUUGAAUCUCAGUCAUGUGAAGCCGCCGCUGCUUGUGGCCGCCGAGGCACAUCAGCAACACCAGCAGCAACAACAACAGCAACAGCAUCCCCAGCAGCAGCAGCAACAUGCACAGCAGCAGCCACGCACUUCAGCAAUGCCCGCGCGUCGUCAAACGAUUUGCGGCUUUGAGGCGCGAAAUUUGCUGCAAUUGGAUGAAAUGCAACCGUUGGAUUUGUCCAAGAAGUCGCAGCAAUGCAAAUCGCCAGUGCCAGCAGCAGCAGCGGCAACAGUUGCUGCUGCUAUUCCAUUGAACAGCUGCCAGGAGUUGCCGCCACUCGGUUUGCCGCUGCCGUUGCCAGCGCAUUAUUAUUCGAAUCUGGAGUUGCUCAAAAUACCGCAAGUGCGUAAUCCCGUGUUGCCAUUGCCCGUAGCAAUGCCUGCUGUGCAGCAGCAACCACAGCCAGCAACAACUGUUGCUGUUGCUGCUGCUGCUGUUGCUGCACCGGUGAAGACGCCGUCGAAGAAACGCACUUCGGAUGUGAACAGCAAGAAGGAGAAACCAAGUGCAACGCGAAUGGACGAGGUGAUCAACAAUCACAUCGAUGAUGCCAUCAAUUCGGUCAUACUUGCUGUCCAGGAGGAGGAGGAGGAACUUGAGCAACAGUUGCUCAAGCAACAGCAGCAAUUACUGGCUGCUGCUGUUGUUGCUGCACCCGCCAAGCAUUUGACGCCAAAGAAGCGCAACAUGCGCUCAAAGACAAUUGACUGCCGCUCAGCGUUGCUGCUGCCAACGGAGCCAACAGCAACCACAACAGCAACAACAACAACACUGCCGCUGCCAGCAACCAUAAAUCCAAUACCAUUGCCAUUGCUGCUGCCGGAGCAAAAUGGGAUUGCAACGGUUGCUGAGACGCCAGCAACUUUGCCGCAGUUUGAGACUGAACCGCAGCAGCAGCAACCACCUCAAGAGGUGCCAGCAACAGUUGCUCCAAUGCCAGUUUCGGUAAUUUCUGUGGCACCACCAACAUCAGCAACAACAGCAGCAGUUGCAACAACAACCACAACCUCAAUAUCGACAACAACCUCGACAACGCUGUUGCGUCGCAGCGCCACGCCGAGCAGCUCAUUGCUGGAGGAGCACAGCAGCAACAUGCACAACAACAACAACACCUCGUCUGGUUUUCACAGUCUGGCGCCCGCCAGCGCCAAGGAAGAAGACGAGGAGCAACCGCAGCCGCUGCUGGAAGUGGAGGACGACGACGUCGAUGAAGAUGAGGACGAUGACGAUGAGGAGGAAGAGGAAGCACGGCUGGCUAAGGAGGAGGCGGAGAAACUUGAGCAGCAACGCCAGCAACAACAAUUGCUGCUGGAAAGGGAGCGGGAAAAUGAAAAGGAAAGGGAGCAACAGCGCAGGGCACAAGAGGAACGGGAGCAACAGGAGCGGCAGGAACAGGAAAGAAAGCGACAGGAAAAAAGGGAGCAACAGGAAAAGAGGGAGCGCAUUGCCAAGGAAAAGGAGGAACAGGAAUUGGAGGCGAGGAAGAAAGAGCAACUCCUGAGGGAGAAGCAGGAACAGCAGCAAAGGGAAAAGGAAGAGAAGCUGCAACAGCAGCGCGAGGAAAAGAAGGAGAAGCAACGCCUGAAGCAAGAGGAGAAGAAGCAACGGAAAUUGGAAGAACAGCAACAGAAGCAGCAGCAGGAGCAGCUCAAAAAGCUGGAACAGGAGAAGCAAAAGGCGGAAGCAGAAGAACAAAAGCGGCAAAAGGAGAAACUGGAAAAGCAGCAGCAAUUGCUUGAGGAGCAGAAACUUCCUCAAGCGGAGAUUGAAGCGGAGGAACUGCAACAACCGCUCAAAGAAGAUCCCAACAACAAGAAGAAGCAGCGACGACGACGCAAAAAUGAAUUGGCUGCAAUUGUGGCGGAUCAGUUGCUGGAGAGCUUUAAGAUCGACAAUGCGCGACGCGAUAAUCUCAAGAAGCUCGAGAAUCUGGCGUACGAGAAGAGCGAGGAUCUGUUGCUCACGGGAAUGUUGCUCAUGUCGAGCACGAAACGCAAUGCAACCCUCCAACAGCAGCAGCAACAGGCGACGGCAACGCCAGCAACUGUUGCUGCCGAAGCAAAGCGCAGCAAACUGGAGCCGACAGCAAACGAGACGACGCCGACAGCAAACGAGACGACGCCGACAGCAACUCGCGGCAGACCAAAGCGACGUCAGAGUUGUUAUUAUCGUCGAGGCAAAGCGCCGGCGGAGACGAACAUUAGCGCACUUAAAUCCUCGCUGGAAUCCUUCUCCAUUGGCAUCGAGAAGCAGUUGCUGGCAAAGGAGGCGGCAACAGCAGCGGCAGCAGCCAAGACCCAAACGAGUAGCAUUCUACGUCCCAGCAUUUUGUGCACAGCAGCCAAGGAGCAGCAACAGCAGCGCGAGCAACAACAACAGCAGCAACAACAACAGCAACAGCAACAGUUGCCCGCAGCAGCUGCAACAGUGGCUGCUCCCACUUACAGUCGCGAUCCGAGGCUCAACAAAAACAUACACAAAGAGUCAGCAACUGGACAACAACAGAAACAUCAGCAGCAACCAUCGGCAGAACAGCAGCAGCAACAAGAGACAACACAACAGCAACAACAUCUGGAGGAGGAGGACAACUAUCUCACCGAGAUCGCAAAGAAUGUAAACGAGAAAAUCAUGUCGGCUACUAACAACGAGGACUUUGAGUUCGCCAACGAUGAGUUCGAUCAGGAGAAGGAUAACGACGAUAAAUUUUAUCGUCCCCCCACCUCAAUGAGCGUCCGCAGUGCACCGAACCUGAACGAUGAGCACUCGAACUUUGGUUCGGAUGACGAGGACGAUGAUGGCGAGAACACAAACACUGAACUGAUGGACAUGGAUCUCGAUGAUGAGAUGAGUGUUUACACCAGUUACUCUCAGGACUUGGGACGUUCGGGCUUAGGCAGGCGACGACGACGUCGCAGGCGUAGCGUGUUGUUCACGCGACGUCCCAAGAAGCGAACCUCUAGGACCGCCCAGCAGCUGGGGGAGGAUGGGGCGAAGUUUGCCUGCCAGCUGUGCGGCAAGAGUUUCUACAGUGCCACCUCGCUGUCCAAGCACAACAUGACGUUGGCUCACGUCUCGAAAUUAUCGGAACUGGAGUAUUUGCAAUCGAAGAGCAAUGCGCCACCGAGUCCCAAAAGUCCGCGAGCCUCUUCAGAGCCACGGGAGGACGUCACGAGGGAGUUGCCCCGCGAAGCAAUCGCCGCAAAGGAGCCGCUUAAGUUUAAUGUGGAGCCGCCGACGCCGCCGCAGCAGCAGCAGCAACAGUUGCGCGCCUCUGUACUCAUGCCGCCUGUCCCUGCCGUCGCCUCCACCGCCUCUGCCUCCGUUUUAACGCCAAAUCCCGCCCCCGCUCAAGUUGCUGCUGCUAAUGCCAGCCAUCAUGUCAUCACCGAGGCGAGUCUGCGACUCCACGACAACCAACAGCAGCAGCAGCAGCAACAGCAAACGAGUCCCGCCCACAGCGCUGCCCGCCUCAAUCUCAAUCCCGACGAGCGGCUCUUCUACGAGUGCUGCAAUAUCCUCAAGAGUGCCGAGACGCCACGCCUAACAACCACAACCCUAACGGCUGCAGCGACGCCAACGCCUUCGGUGAUUGUUAGCGCCGCUCGCAAAACAUUGGAACCAACUCCGACAGCACCUCGCGUAGUUCAGGAGUUACCCGCAACGCCGGCGUCACCCUCACCACCUCCGGCAACAGCGUGCACACCUGCAGCUUCUCCCAUAGCUGCUGCCUCCGCCCUAGUUCCAGUGCCUGCUCCUCCAGCGCCGACUGUCUGCCAUCAGCCCGUCAUUCAGCAGCUGUUUCGCAAUCCGCCCGCAGCCACACCCACAACGGCAGCUACGAAUCAUCAUCAUCAGCAGCAGCAACAGUUGCAAGCCCAGCAUCCUCAUCAUCAUCACCAGCAACAACAACAGCAGCAGCAGCAACAUCAUACGCAGCACCAUCAUCAUCAACAGCAGCAGCAGCAUCCUCCACAAGAUGGUCAACAGCAUCUCAAUCAUCAACAGCAUCCGCCGUCGCAUCAGCAUCAGCAUCGCUUGUCGCCCAGUUACUCGGCAAUGUCACAGUUCUCGGUGUCCGCGGUAACGAACAUGACGACGUCACGCUUCAAAACGAAGGCAGCCAUGAAGGGUUACGAAACGAACCUCGAUGUUGUCGAUGUCCUGGCCAAAUCCUCAACGCGUGCAGUGUGCAAACUCACCGAGUUGGCGGACAUUGCGUUAGGGAGCGAAAAGCCACCGGGUGUCGAUUACCUGACAACGCCAAACAGCAAUGUCGAGCAGCCAGCGACGAGCAUUAAUGCAACCGAGCAGCAGCAGCAGCAGCAACAACCGCGGACGCAUAUUGGGGCCGCUGUGACGCCGGCGGCGGCUGUGCAAGCCACAGAACAGAGCUCCACAUCCUCGAAGACGAUCAUGCAUGCCUCAUCGAUCAUUAAAGCGACCGCAGCGACGGCGGCAGCGAGCAGCGCCAAUUUGCCGCCCGUCUCGGGUCGCAUCAUAAUACCGGAACGUCCGUUCAAGAACAUUGGGCUAGAGGAGAAGGCGAGCAUAACGUUCCAGAAGCCCAAGACGACGGUGAAUCUGCUGACCGAGGACAACAACAGCGUGUCGACGGCCAGCUACUCGGAUCGCGAUGACUAUGACUUUGGUACGCUUAGCUGCGAGGAUGAACAGGAGGUGGAAGCCGAGUCGGAGCGUGAAAGGGAACGGGAACGUGAACGCGAAAGGGAACGGGAAAUGGAAAGACAAAGGGAGCAAAGAGAGCACAAUAUGGCAACGGGUCUGAAGCCGGGAACGGUAACGGGAACGGGACCAGGAACCGGAGCGACAGCAGUGAUUGUCGGUUGCUCGGCAAUAACGACGUCCGCCUCGAGCAGCUCGAGUUCGGCGAGCUCCUCGUCCCAGCAGAGCAGCAACAGCAGCAGCAAUUCGAGUCGCGCCACAGCCAAAACCUUCGAGAAUAAGUCCUUGAUCAUGGGACGCAUCUUCAAGCACGUCAGCAAGCCAACGUCGUCGGCGCAUCCGCAUGUACUGCCCGCUGUGCAGCCGGUGAAGACGGCACCCAAGGACAAAGCGCAGCUGGAUCAAUUAUUCGAUGAGUUGCGUGGCGCAGCCAAGCCACAUUCCGAGCCAGUUGCUCUGUCGGUGGCUGCCACGGUAGCAGUGCCCACCGUGGAGCGUUGGAUGGACCUGGAACCUUUGGCAGUUCCGGCAGCAUCAACGCCGCCAACCGCUGCAAUGCCAGCGACCGUAGCUGUUGUCACAACAGCCACUGCUAAGGGAAGUAAAGCCAAGAGCGGUAACCGAAGAGCAGCAGCAGCAGCAGCAGCUGCAGUUACGGCAACAGCUAAUCCUCCCAAGAGUUCGGCGCGUAAAACUGCAGCAGCAGCGGCAGCAGCAGCAACUGCUGCGGCAGCGCCUCGGAAAGAUCUGUCGAAGCUGCAGACGGAGCUGGGCAUGAGUCCCGAGGAGCUCAAGCAGCUGAUCGAUGAGGGACAACGCAAAUCGAAGCGACGUUGCGCCACGAAUCGUCCCAAGAAACUGGUCGAAACAUGGAGUUCCGAUGAAUACGAAGAGUUCCUCUCCACCAAGGACAUUAUAGCGCUCAUCGAACAGAAGGAGCAGCAGGAGCAGCGUCGCAAACGCAAGACCAGCGAGGCAAUUGUCCAAACAUUAGAAACCGGCGUCAGUUCCGCUUCGAAUCGUCGUGCGGAUCGGGAGAAGUCGACGCAAACGAUGCCACCGGUGCCGGCAAAAAGUCGCAAGAGUCGGAAGCAGCAAAAGGAAGAGGAACCACCUCCAACUCCACCAUCACCACCGCCACCUCCUCCGCCUCCUGCGACGGUGGCAACGCCUGGCAAGCGUUCGAGACAACGUGUUGCGGUGGUGGAUGCAGUUGUGCCCCCCACCACGCCCCUAAAGUCAACCGCGAAGGCGUCGCGUGGCAAGCCAUCGGCAAAGAAACUGCCAGCGACUACAACGAGUGGCAGAAAACGCGGUAAGACUGCGGCUGCUCCACCACCUACUCCUCCUCCACCCCCUCCUCCUCCGCCUGCGCCAGUUGCAGCACCAACUGCAGCCGAAUCUCGUGCGGAUCGAGCGAAUCAACGCACGCGCAGCAGUCGUCAGCAACGGCAGCAGACGAAGGAGCAACUGCUAGACUCGGAGGUGAAUCACUACCAGGAGACAGCGCCGCCUAAGCCGAAGCCCCGCUCAACUGUUGCCACAACUCCGGCCGUUCCCCUGGUUGCUGCUGCUACAGCAGCAGUUCCUGCGGCCAACAACAACAACAAUAGCAGCAGCAGCAACAAGAACCUCAACCUGAAGACGAAGCGCAAGUCGCAAACGAAUCGUCAGUCGCCGGCGCGCCGGAAGCGUCCGGCGAGCGAGAAGCAGCUGUAUUACUGGAGCAGCUCCAGCGACGAUGAAUUUGGACGCAUCGUAGACCCCGAUGGGGAUGGAAAUAAUGACGAGCAUGCAGCGGAGCAACAAGCGGGUGACGAUGAUGAUGACGACGAUGAGCUACAACAGCAACAUCCACAGCACCAACAUCAGCAGCAGCAACAAUCGUCCCGUGUUGAUCCAGUGCUGCAAAUGUUGCCGACGGCAACAACAACCUCCCAAGCAGCAACCAUGCCAGCAACUGGAACGACAGCAACAGCAACAUCAGCUCCCAAGCACUUUGAGGAGAGCGAGCAAUAUCAGAAGCACGGCUGGAUCGUUGGUGACUCGCACAAGAAGCUGGUGAAGCUGCUGGCCAUUGCCAAGGGCAACAAGAAUAACAAGGUCGACAACAAUUGCGGCGGCGUGAAGCAACGUCGCACGCCGAAACGCAAAUGCUAGGAGCGUUUGAACUGCAGUCGAAAGGCGCCAUUGUUCAUUGGGGCAACAGUAGCGAUAGCGAUAGCGCAGGCAGCUAUCGAUUUCUCCAGCCAUCAUGAACAACAAUCGGCAGAUGACUACAACAACAACAGCAACAACAAAAAGAACAGAAGAAAGGCUUAUAAUGCAUACGAGUAUAUUAAAGCAGAAACACGAAAUAUUUUUCUUUCUUUAACAACAACA